AUGACAGAAUCAUCUUCCUUCCGGGUGAUCAUCGUGGGUGCUUCGGUGACAGGCUUGACGCUGGCCCAUUGCUUGGACAAGGCCAGAAUCGACUAUCUCGUGCUCGAGAAGCAUGAAAACAUCGACCACGUCCCUCUUGGAGGCUUUCUCUCCGUCCAGCCCAAUGGGGCUCAAGUCCUGUCCCAGCUCGGUCUCCAUGAGACCGUAGCCGCUGCUGGAGAGACUAUUACUGUCUGUCAUACAGGCUUUCCAGAUGGUUUCGGAUUCAGCGAUCAUUGGCCGGAUCGGCUGCAUAAGAGAUUCGGCGUGCCCAUGACUGUCAUUCGUCGGCAAGAGUUAUUGGAUAUCCUCUACGGUAGUCUGAAAGAUCAAUCCAAGAUUCUGAUGAAGAGAAAAGUCGUGAGGAUCGGUCACACCGACUCCGGGAUUUCAGUUUGGACCGCUGAUGGAUCCAUCUAUCAUGCUGACACGGUAGUGGGCACGGAUGGAGUCCACAGUGUGACUCGCUCCGAAGUCUGGCGCAUAGCCAACAGCGAGAAGCCCGGGUUCAUCCCCCCUGCAGAUAAGACCAGUCUGGUUACAGAAUACGCUGCCGUCCUCGGGAUUUCCGUUGGAAACACCGGUAUUGAACGCGGCGAGCAGAUUUUUCGCUUCAUCGAUGGCUCGGUUAUCUUCCUCUUUGGUGGCAAGGAUGGCUCCGUUGGUUGGUUGGUUGUACAGAAACUUGACAAGAAGUAUGUUUGGCCCGACAGGCCGCGUUUCACCCAGGACGACGCGGCCAGGUUCUGCGAGGCACUGCUGGAUGAGCCAAUCUGGAGAGAUAUCAAAUUCAGCGAUCUUUGGAAUCGGAGGGAGCAGUUUGCCAUUAUCAGCCUCGAGGAGGGAAUUGUACAGCAAUGGAACUACGGGCGUAUUAUAUGCAUAGGCGACAGCGUCAAUAAGAUGACCCCCAACCUUGCUCAAGGCGCAAACACAGCUAUGGAACAAGCAGCCGGAUUGGCCAAUGCACUAUACAAGAUAGCCAAGCAAGGUCAGCAAACGAAAAAGCCCUCCGAGACAGAAGUCUCCAGCGCCCUCGGAGAAGUCGCCAAGAAACACUUCGCACACAUCAAUACCAUUAAUCAGGGUUCUUACUUCCUAACAAGAAUGCAUUCGCGACAAGGAUGGGCAAAGUCCUUUUACGGACGCUACAUCUACCCCAGGACUGCGUGGAAAGGAAUUAUCCGCAUUGCAUUUGCAGGGUGUGUCUGCCCGAUUGUUUGUUAUCGUAUGACCCUAACACAAAGCGGUAAGCCCUAA